CUAACAUUGCCAAUAAAUAUUUUGAAGCAACACGGAAGAACGCAAACACCUUUGAGACAGACUCUGAGUGAUAGAGGCCUAUCAAACUGAAUAAAAAUCUAAAAAGUGUGUUAAAUACCAAACAUGGGUUUAGUUGUGACAUUUAUUAGCUGGUGUUGGCCGGCCAUUUUACUUAUGGUUAUUAUGAAAUUAUGGACGAUUUACAACGAUAGUAAGAUGGACCAAACAAGCCCCCUCCCCCUACCACGGGGAUCUUACGGCCUACCGAUAAUUGGAGAGACGAUCGCCUUUGUGACACAAUUUUUGUUUGACGAAACACGUCUCCAAAAAUAUGGGAAUGUAUUCAAAACCCACGUGCUGGGAGAGCCAACAAUUAUAUGCAUGGGGCCAGAAAAUGUUCGCAAAGUUCUCUCUGGUGAACAUCGUGUCGUCACUUCAAGCUGGCCGUCUGCUAUAAAAAGACUCUUCGGUGAAGGCGCAUUAUCUCAGAGCUUUGGCGGCAUUCAUCGUAAAAGACAGAAGCUCGUUCGAAAAGCAUUUACCCAUGAUGCACUGAAGAGUUACGUCACGCCAAUUCGAGAUCUCGUGAGGAAACACGUGACCUACUGGUGCGAUGGAGAAAACGAAGUACAGGCGAAGUCAAAAUUGAAGAGCAUGUUGCUCGAAAUAGCAUGUAAAGUUGUGCUGGGAUUAGAAUACGAAAAGAGUGAUUAUUCAAAAAUUGUAGAAACGUACGAAACCUUCUCCAAUGGAUUCUUCGCACCACCGAUCAACAUACCCGGGAGUGUGUUUUACAAGGCGAUGCAAGCCCGGAAAACACUUCAUAAAUAUGCCCAAGAGAGUAUGGACAGAAAGACAAACGAUGACAGGAUAGACGCCUUGCAAUAUAUCCAGUCGUCUAUCGGGGAAAAUGGAGAAGCAUUGAGCGAAGAGGAAAUCCGUGAAUCGGUCAUCGAACUGAUGUUUUCUGGCCAUGAAACAACAGCUAGCGCUUGUACCUCUGUCGUAAUGCUUCUCGCGAGACAUCCUGAUGUAAUUGGGAAGAUUCGUGAUGAACUUGAUAGAUAUGGGAUGUUCGAGGAAGAUGGAUAUGAUGUAGACCUAGACGAUAUUAAUCGGUUACAAUACGUAGGACAAGUGAUGAAAGAGGUCUUGAGAUUGGCACCACCAACUGGAGGUGGCUUUCGAAAGGUUUUAGAGACAUUUGAACUUGAGGGUUGUCAAAUACCAAAAGGAUGGACCAUCAUAUACAACAUCAGUAACACACAUCGUUUAUCAAACCAUUUUGACAAUAUUUCCGACUUUGACCCCGACAGAUGGCACCCCGAUAGCAUGACCAAAAAUCAGUCAUUUCAUUACUUGCCAUUUGGGGGCGGCGCUCGAUCUUGCGUAGGAAAAGAGUUCGCAAAACUACUAAUCAAAAUCCUGAUUGUAGAAAUGGCGAGAUCCUGUUCAUGGACAGUUAAACAAUUAUAUCCAAGAAUGUCAAGGUUACCCGUCCUGAAUCCCGUCGAUGGACUACCAACGUCAUUUAAACGUUACGGAAAAGAAAAACAGGGGGUGUGCUGCCAAGACGGAAUAGCGCUCUUAAAAGAAGAGAACCUACGAGGAAUUUGAAUGUGUUAAUACAUAGACAGAUAUGCCUCCGGAUAUGGUUCCACCAGGGACAUUAUGUUGGGAAAUAUAUGUAAAUUAUAAACACGACCAAAGCUGAGACGUUAACAUUCCAGAUCAUUCUAGUCUAACACACAGGCAUUAGUACUUGACAAACAAAAGUAUUUUAAUUAUUUUAUCGGUCCAACGUAUUUGCCAAAUUAUAACAUAAUUUGAAGCAAUCCUGGAACUGUGUGUUAGAUUAGAAUGUUAUUUCAGAAGAACAACCAGUCAUUAAUUCAUAAAAUGAGUAUACCGGUGCUUUAUUUAUAUUAUUAGAUAUAUAUUAGAUAUAAUAGAUAAAUA